GGGCGGAGCCGGUUGGGGGGCGGAGCUUGCGGGAGCGAUGGCUCCGUUCGGCUCGGGGCUGCUGGUGCUGACGGCGCCGCUGUGCUCGCUGCCCCGGCGGGCGGCGGCGGCACUCUCGGCGGCGGCGGGACUGGUGUCGGGGCCGCUGUACGUGCACCUGCAGCCGGGGCUGUCGCUCGCCGCCCCGCGGCCGCUCCCCGCCGCUCCGCCCGCCGGUCCCGCGCUGCUCCGAGCGUUGGCGGCGCUUUACGAGGCGGCGGCGUCGUCGUCGCGAGGGGACCUGGAUCUGCGCGUCCUGCUCGGUCCCGGCCGCCGUCUCGCCCACCCGCCGCUCGUCCUGCUCGCCCAGGAGCCGCCCGGGCCGCCGGGGCCGCUGCAGCGGGGGCUGCGGCUCUUCGCCUCCGCCGCCUACGGCUGCGCCCCCGGGCUGCCCGCACUGCUGCUCGGCGGCACCGAGCGCCCCGACCCCGACCUGGAUCCCAGUGCAGACCUGGAUCCCAGUGCAGACCUGGAUCCCAGUGCAGACCUUGACUCGGUGCUCCCCAGCUUCUCUGGCGUGGUGGUCGGCGGCACCUUCGACCGCCUCCACUGUGCCCACCGCUUCCUGCUCAGCGCCUGCUGCCUCCUGGCACAGCACCGGCUCGUGGCCGGGGUGGCUGACGGGAAUCUGCUCCGCCACAAGGUCCUGAUGGAGCUGAUCGAGCCAUAUGAGCUGCGAGCGGCGAAGCUGCAGGAGUUCCUGGAGGACGUGAAGCCCUCUCUGUGUUACGACAUUGUCCCUCUGGCCGACCCCUAUGGCCCCUCGGUGACAGACCCCAACCUGCAGUGCUUGGUGGUCAGCGAGGAGACCCGCAAGGGAGGGGAGGCUGUCAACAAGAAGAGACUUGAAAAUGGGCUCCCCGAGCUGGUUGUCUACGAGAUCCUGUUGAUGAAGGACCCCGACCACGCUCAGAACGAGGAGGAGAAGAUCAGCUCCUCCAGCCUCCGGCAGAGGCUGCUGGGGACGUUGCUGCGUCCACCACGGCAAAACCCUGCCUUGCCUUCACACCCAUACGUGAUCGGCCUGACUGGAGGAACUGGGAGUGGAAAAUCCUCCAUCGCUAAACUCCUGGGGCAGCUGGGAGCGUUCCUCAUCGACGCUGACAAGCUGGGCCAUGCUGUCUACGUCCCCGGUGGCCCUGCCUACGAGCGGGUGGUGGCAACCUUUGGGGCAGAGAUCUUGAAUGAAGAUGGGACGAUUAACAGGAGAGUCCUUGGAGCCAAAGUGUUUGGAAACCAGGAGCGGCUGAAGAGUCUCACAGACAUCGUGUGGCCUCAGAUAGCCCAAAUGGUCAAAGAGCAGGUCAGGGAGGCGGAUGCUCAGGGAAAGGCUGUGUGCGUGCUGGACGCUGCCGUGCUGCUGGAGGCUGGCUGGCAAGACAUGGUCCAUGAGGUGUGGACGACCAUCAUCCCAGAGGAGGAGGCGGUGAAGCGCAUCAUGGCAAGGGAUGGGCUGAGCGAGGAGGCUGCCCGCAGCCGUUUGCAGAGCCAGAUGACCAACAGCGAGCGCGUGGAGCAGGCGCAGGUGGUGCUGUGCACGCUCUGGGAGCCGGAUAUCACCCGUGGAGAAGGCUUGGGACCUCCUGCAGCAGCGCCUGAGCCAGGACCGCAGCCAGUGAGGGGGUCACGGUUCCCUUGACCAUCAUGUGCUGAUCCUACGUGGGCAGGACAGGAGGUGAGGGCCUGUGCCGCGCCAUCAAAUGCCAUCAAUGAGCAAGCCGUGCCAGGGAGGAGUGCAGGGUGGGGACUGAGCCCACGUGCCACGUCCAGCCCCACGGUGGGCUGAGGGGCUGGGGAACCUGCCAUCCCCUGGUGAGCGGGGAGAUGUCACAGCAGCUCCUUGGACUGCAGGACUGAGACCGCACCGGUGCCUGGGACUCCCUGUGUGACAGUAAAGUGGUUUCUCCCUCCGCACGUAUCUGU